CUCCGAUAAUUUGCUCUACUGGUUCGUCCUGAAUCCUUCGACAUGGAAGGUCAGCUGCCAGACGAUGGUUUGAAAUGGUUCGGUGAAGGCUUCGAUGGCUUUCCCAAACGCCUUCCCGAUGACUGUGUAGAGUACGUUAUCCAUGUCAUUCACGGCGGGCUGAACUCCAAUGCCGCUCUGCGAACAAGACUAAACGAGAUAUUGAAGGCGGCAAACGAGCUGAAGAAGAAGCUACUCAAGGACUACAUCUGGCAAAGGCAAGACUUCAAUCUCGCGUUACACCCCAAAAUUGAUGUCGCGACAGCCUCUGCAAAAAGUGCACCGAAAACAGUGUCACAUUUACGAGGGCGAACAGACUUUGGUGACUCAAUCGCGGAUGAGUGGCUCAUCGUAUAUUUGCUCACCGAGCUGAGCAAAGGAAAUCCUGAUGCCUGGAUACGUGUCUACGAUACCGACGGCGAAUUCUUGCUCAUCGAGGCAGCGAACGCUCUUCCCAAGUGGCUGAACCCCGAAAUCUGUGAAAAUCGUGUCUGGAUCAACGAUGGUCGAAUCAAAAUCAUUCCGGUCGACAAAAGCUCGCUUCCGCGUAACUUGACCUCAGAGGAGGCUCUAUCCUUCAUCAAAAGAACGCCGAGUGAUCUUCUUGUAGACCAGGAUAUUCAACAAGAAGCGUUUCAUAGGCUCCGGGAGUAUCCUUCAGCUAUCUCUUCCUCAUUCCACCAUGCUCUCAUCACGAUCCCGCGAAAGCUAGCAUACCUGCUACAUCGCAACCCGGCCUACAUUUCGCCAGCGAUCGAGUCUUUCUACUUGCGUGACCCAGUGAGCUUGAAACCGCUUACGACGAAAGACACCAACACUCUUCGCUUUGCUCCCGAGGACUUUGUGACAGUAAGGGUCAAAUUCACGAAAGUCGGGUUUGCUCAGCUCCGAAGUCAAAUUUUCGAUCCUCCACCAGCAUGGACCGGUAUAAUCCCUCGUAUGCAAGAUGAGAAGGUGGCGCUGGGCAUGAAACUUACAUGCGGCUUCGAGAUGCUGGUCACUGACAAGCAGUACCAGGACAAGCGGGCAGUGCAGGAGAUGAACUUGUUAUUGGAAGACCUGGAGAGUGGAGAAGAAGAGCUACCUGGCGAUGAUGAGAUCGAGCUGUGGCCGCAUGUGCAAGACGACGAUAAGUGGCUGAACAUCGACUUCAAAGACUUUGAGAAGGAGCUCGAUGGCAAAGCCAACUCAAGUGGUGGCAAAGGUGGCUUCGGCGAUCAAGGCGCUCAGGAAAAUCUUCGGAAAAUGGUGUCGCGCUUUGAGGACUUCUUAGAAGAUGAUGAGGCUGGCGUGGAUGGUGUGGAUGACAUGGAUGAAGACGAUGAUGACGAUGAUGCUCAGUCUUCCUCUCACGUAAAAGACGACCAAGAGAGCAAAGCCGAGAAACAAGAAUCAGAGGAACCGAAAGUCAAGGACUUUGCUGCAACAGGGGAUAAAAACGAGCAUGAGGAGCCACAAACGAAAUUCAAUGCCCCUGAGGCACUUGAAGACAUGGAGUUCGAACGAGCCAUACAUGACACUGCCGCAAUGCCAGCCUGGCAUAUCGAAAAAUCUGGUCUGCUAGAUGAAGCUCGCCGGCUUGCCCUUGAGGACGACGCCGAAAUGAGCGAUGGCGUUGUGGAUGAAUCUGAAGAGCUACGCAAAGUCAUGGAACUGAUGGAGCAAGAGCUUAAAGGCCAUGGUGCACUCAAUCUGGAAAAUGGGACAUACAAGAAAGUCAAAUCGAAAGGCAAGGCCGCAGCGGACGUGGCUUCGCACGGCAAUAUUAAGCCUGUCUUUGGACCACCACGACCGCCGCACAUGCUUUCGACCUCCAGCGAUCAGCCAUCUAAGACAAAUAGUAAAUCCGUCAAAUUUGCCUCAACGACAAGCACAAAAGAAGAGGAGGAGGAGGAGGACGAAUCAGCCGAUGAGGAGAUCAAUCCCUCGCGUAGUAAAAACGCCUCGAUUCGACCCAAGCCGCCCGCUUUCGCCCGAUCAGGUCCUUUUGAUAAUCAGUCAGAAGACAUUGAAGAAGGCGCAGAGCUCUCUUCGGACGAGGACGACGGGUUUAACGAUGUUGAUCUGGGCCUUGCGAAGAAUAUGCUCGAAGCAUUCAAAGGUCAGGCGGGAAUGAGUGGGCCUGCUGGGAAUUUGAUGAAGGCAUUAGGUGUGCAGAUGCCGAGGGAUGAGGAAGGCGAGGAUUAA